AUGUUUAAGCAAAGCUUAAUUCAUCAAGAUGACGAAACGCUUUGUGGUGCUAGUUGGUUUCAAACAUUCCACUCCUGGAAGCCCACCAGUAAUGGAUCAAAUGCUCGUUUUGAUUGUUGUUCAUGGUAUGGGGUGGAGUGUAGCAAUGACCAUGAGUAUGGUCAUGUGAUCGGCCUUGACUUGAGCGGAUGCUCUCUUUGUGGGCAUAUCAAUUCUACCAGCACCCUCUUCAGCCUUGUUCAUCUUCAAAGCCUAAACCUUGCCAUUAACAACUUUGUUGAUUCUCAAAUCCCAUCUGAGAUUGGUCAUCUAAAUCAAUUAAGAAGCCUCAAUCUCUCUUAUUCUGGGUUUAGUGGUCAUGUCCCGAAUGAGAUCUCAAGGUUGAUGCAGUUGUCGUCUUUAGAUCUAUCAGGGAAUUCACUAAAUCUUCACAAUCCUAGUGGCUUCAAGAACCUAGUGCAAAACUUAACAGGACUUGAAGAACUCCAUCUCUCAGGUGUUGACAUUAGUUCUUCUGUACCUCAUUUCUUGGCAAACUUUUCUUCUCUAAGGUCAAUCAGGCUACAAAACUGUUUGCUUCUAGAUGAAUUCCCUGCAACCAUUUUUCAGCUACACAAGUUGAAAAUUCUUGAUUUGUCAUUCAAUACAAACCUCACAGGUGCCUUUGGUGAAUUUCGUAACAGUAGCUCACUUGAACUUGUGAAUCUACGUUAUACAAGUUUCUCUGGGAUUGUUCCAGAAUCCAUAAGCAAUCCAAAAAAUUUAACAGUCUUGUGCCUUACCAAUUGCUCUUUCUCAGGGCCCAUUCCAGAGCUGAGUGAUAACAGAUUUGAUAAGGGAGUCUUGCCCAACUGGCUUGGCAUGAUGGCUGAACUUAAUGAACUGCUUGUAUACGAUAUGGACAUAAUCGGUGAAAUACCAGCCUUUCUUGCAAACCUAACCAAACUUAGUAAGGUGGCAAUGGGAAGAAAUUCUUUUACUGGUCAUAUACCAACCUGGCUUUUCAACCUCACCCAACUAUCACAGUUAGACCUUCAACGAAAUCAACUGCAAGGACCAAUUUCAAGCUCAUUUUCCAACUUGAAAAGUCUUCAAUUUCUUGAUUUUGAAUACAAUAAUUUCAGUGGGAGUGUCAUCUUAGACAUGUUCCUAGGACUCAACAAGCUUGAAACUCUCGUCUUAGGUCAUAACAUGAUAUCAUUAGUGGCCACCAACAACCACACCAGUAGCACCUUACCAGAACUCAAAAUCCUAGGACUGUCGACAUGUAACUUGAAGGAAUUCCCUACCUUUUUGCGUUUCCAAAAUAAAAUGGAAGCCUUAUUUCUUGACAGCAACAAGAUUGAUGGCAUGGUACCCGUGUGGAUCUGGAACAACAGCAAAGAAACAUUACAGGUGAUUGAUCUUUCAUACAACUCCAUCGCUGGCUUUCAUCAGCAUCCUCAAUUUCUCCCAUGGAGACGUUUGGAAGGAUUUUCCAUAAAUAAUAAUCAGGUCCAGGGGCAUUUACCAAUUCCACCUCAAACCACAGUUUCUUAUGACGCCUCAAAUAACAAUAUGACUGGAGAAAUACCACCAUUGAUAUGUGAAGUGAAAUCUCUUCGAGCAUUACUUUUGGCGUCUAACAACAUGAGUGGAAUUCUUCCUCCAUGUGUUGGUAUUAACCAAUUCGUUGGUGCUUUUGGAUCUGAACAAAAAUAA